CCGUCUUGGCUCAAGGGGCGUUGGCCCAAGCCAGUUUGGUUUCAGUGUCGAGACAUGCACGGGCCAGGCUUGCUCUUCUCAGUUGUCCUGCUUGUCGCGCGAAUGGUUUUGCACCGUGGACGGCGUGCUGGUGGAACAUUGACACGCUUUUACACUGCUAUCGCAGCUGCUGUGUGCAGCCGUGGAGCACUGUUCCUGUGCAGCUCUGCUUCUGCGGGCAGGGCGGCGAGUCGCCCGCAGGUGAGAACCCUCGACCCAGUUCGUGGCCAUGGUGCCUGGCCCCGAUGCUUUCUGAGGAAGCGGAGGUAUGCUCGAGAUGUGCGUUGCUUCUGCAUGUCCCCAUCGAGUCUUAUGAAGAACAUCCAAUCCGCAAUGACGAGUGACGAGCUCUUCAGCCUGUUCGAGCAUGAGGACACCAAUAUGUUACACCGGGCAUCGAUCCUGCUUCGGCUGUCAAAAAUUAAUUUCGAGGCCUCGAGUCAGGCGGGGCAGACGAGGGCAUGGAAAAAACUGAUCUUCAUGGUGAUGGAGGACAUUCCAGGCUGGAAGUCGAGCAGCAGUUUCAAGAACCGCCAGAUCAGUCGUAGUGUUUGGACCGAGAGGGGACACUAUCUGGGCAUUGUGAUCUAUAGUCUGGGACGCCUAGACGGCGUUGUCUCCGCUGGCCUUUCCGCAGGCGAGCAUGCCCUCCUUCGCGAGCACGCAACCCUUGCGGUGCUGGAAGCCCUGCCGGAUCUGAUAAAGGAUAAACAAGUCAAGUCGUUGGGCGAAAUUGUGUUCGGCCUGAGCAUGACUGAGCGGAAUCUCCAGACGGACGAGAUAUUCCGGACCCUUGCGCCGCACAUCCCAGAUCUCAUCCGCGCAGACCGAGACAGGGACCUCAGCCUCAGCAACAUUGUCGGCGCGUACGCCUUCUAUGCGUUGCCUGACCCUGUGAUUGUGGACAUGUUUGUUGAAUUGAAGGCUUUUCGCUAUCAUGCUGCUGUUGCUCCAUCUCAUCGAGAGGGCCGAUGGCUACGAGGGCCAGUGGGUGGAUCAUAUGCCUGGCAGUCCUCAGUGAGUCACCAGUUAUCCACCGAUAUGUAA